AUGCUGUUCGACUACUUGAACCGCAACCUAUCUUUCGUUCUCUCCAUCGUCCUCAUUGCGCUCACCCGAACUUGGGAAACAAUGGAAGACGCUUCAAUGAAUGGGAUAAGAUGGGCGUUUGGCCCGCGUGUUGAGAUUGCGGAUGAGGAAGCAGCCUUGAAUGCGAGGCCGCUACUCCUGUCCGAGAGCGACUUCCACGAUGAAGGGGUGGGAUGCAGCUAUUCGCCGACCUCGAGUAUGGACCACAACGAUUCUUUCACCGUCGCAGAACCAUCGAUUAUUCGUAGCCCGUCGCUUCCAGCAAUUACACUCGAUUCAGAUCCUAUGCAUUCUAUCCUCCGUUCGCUCAGGCUCAGCAACUUAUCCCGCAACAUCAAUCGAUUCCUGCCGUCCACAGACGCCGACCGCCACAGAGCGCAGAUGGUGUCGCAAGCUCGCAAAGGCUCUCACACUUCACUAAGCCAUAUAUUAGCACCCAUUCUCGCAGACCUGCAGGAGCUGAAGGCGCUGACGCCCGAGAGUCUGCCGCCAGGCAACUUGGACCUUGCUACCAGGUCGCAUGCUCAGGUUCUUAAUGAGAAACUGCUGCCAAUAGACAAGUUCAUCGGAGACUACCUAGACAGCAUUCCAGAGGCCAAGCGAGGUGUUCUCGAGUUGCGGAUAUGCCGCUAUAUUGCCGACGAAUACUGGCCGUUGCCCGUCGAAAACUUCACCUACCUCAAAAUACAGGAGAAAUACCGCAAUGCCCUCUACAAAAAGGCCCAACGCGCGACUGGCGGGCCAACCGUCGAACCGCCGCUGCCUGAUGACACAUCUUCUGGCCGCCCAUCAUCUGAAGACCCACCACCGGAGGCUACAGAAUACAAGGAUACAUUGAGCCAAAAUCCUGUCAUCAUGAGUUCAGAAGCCGUCUCAAGCGUAGGGAACAGGGAUUUGAACAGAUAG